AUGGCGGACCCACCUUCCCCCCGCCUAGACGAAGACGACACCUUCGGCCGCGACUUCAACGCCUCGCCCUCUCGCAACGCCGCACCCGCCCGUUCCGGUGCCCUCCGCGAGAAGAGGCAGUUCGGCGAUCUGGAUGACGACGAAGACGAUGUCUUCGCUUCCAAGAAGGGAAAGACAAAGGUGGAGGAAAGUGCACCAGGUGCUGCCACGGGAAUGAUUCUGUCUCUCCGGGAAAGUUUGCAGACCUGCAAAGAGAAUCUUGAAUCAAACCAGGUGGAACUGGAAGCUGCUAAAUCAGAAAUCCAGAAGUGGCAUUCAGCAUUUCAGAACAUUCCUGCUGUACCUGCAGGAACCAAUCCAGAGCCUGUUUCGGUGGUUACUUAUCUCAAUAACCUGAAGUCGUCAGAGGAGUCACUGAAGGAGCAGCUGGAGAAAGCGAAGAAAAGAGAAGCUGCUUUUAUUGUAACAUUUGCAAAACGAGAACAAGAGAUUGCGGAAUUGAAGUCUGCAGUUAGGGACUUGAAAACACAAUUGAGGCCACCAUCAAUGCAGACAAGACGAUUAUUGCUUGAUCCAGCAAUUCACGAGGAAUUUACACGCUUAAAGAAUCUGGCUGAAGAGAAAGAGAAAAAGAUAAAAGAACUGCAGGAAAAUGUUGCCGCUGUCAAUUUUACCCCAUCCAGCAAACAUGGGAAGAUGCUAAUGGCCAAGUGUAGAACAUUGCAAGAGGAAAAUGAAGAGAUUGGGGCAAUGGCUUCUGAAGGAAAAAUCCAUGAACUUGGAAUGAAAAUUGCAGUUCUGAAGACCCAGAACAAUGAGCUCAGGAAUCAGUUCGAUGGGCUGUACAAACACAUGGAUGGCCUAACAAAUGACGUCGAGAGGUCAAAUGAAAUGGUUUCCAUACUGCAAGAGGAGUUAGAGGCUAAAGAUGUGGAGCUGGCAAGGUUAAAGGAGAUGCUUUCCCAAAAAGAGGCAACUGAAGACGACGCGGUCGUCGAAGAAAGAGAGGAAGCUGCAAAUGAUAUGAACGCUUCUUCUGAUCCGCAGCCGAUAAAAGCAGAGUCCUAA